UUUUUGGUGUGUGUGUUUUCUUUUUAAAUCAGAAGUUGCUAAGAUGAAUGCUUUUAGUGUAGUCCUUUAUUUUUUUAAACAUUUUUUGAGAGAGAAGGGGAUAGUGAUAGAGCAGAUAUUUUUGACAGGGUUUCAUCAUGCUGCAGUCCUCCAGCCCUGUCUCCCAGCUAGCUAGGAUUGCAGGUGUAUGCCCCUGGGCCCAGCGUGUCUGGGUUGGUCCAGGAUCAAAUCUGGGCCUGCUGUACUCCCCACCUGUGCCAUCAUAGCUAGGCCAGCGUCCUUUAUCUUUAAAACAAGAAAUUAGCAGCGUGCUAAUACUGGAAGAAUUUUCAGUGAGACUGACUACAAAUAAGAAGUUAAAAAGGAUAUUCUGGCUAUACUACACAGGAGAAGCAAAAUGUGAAAAACAUUUAAGACCCUAAACUUCGUUAUGAAAGGGAACUGAUGUUUUAUGCACACCUGUUGCUAAGAUGUUUUCACCCAGGAUGAACAAAGGAAGCCAUUCUUGAAAUACUGAUCUUGGAAAGGGCGUCACUAGUCAGAUAUCUCCAGCUGUGCAAAAUAAAGGCAGUGCAUAUGCCUGCUAUUAACCAGUGGUUAGUCCUCUCUGGCACACAGCGGAAUAGCUGAUCAAGCCUUGUGAAGACACACCUGCUUGGAGCUGCACCUUGGAGGUUACCCCAUGAAAUGCCUCACGGAGCCAAGAUGAGCUGUUUCUAGUGAGCUCUACCCAGAUUGCACAUUUGUGAAACCGCCCGCCAUGCCCGCCGACCUCAGCGGCACAUGGAACCUGCUCAGCAGCGACAACUUCGAGGGUUACAUGCUGGCCCUAGGUAUUGACUUUGCCACUCGUAAAAUAGCCAACUUGCUGAAGCCACAGAAAGUGAUUGAGCAAAAUGGGGAUUCUUUUACCAUCCACACAUACAGUAGCCUAAGAAACUACCUUGUUAAAUUUAAAAUUGGAGAAGAAUUUGAUGAAGAUAACAAAGGCCUGGAUAACAGAAAAUGCAAGAGUUUGGUUAUCUGGGAAAACGACAAACUCACCUGUGUGCAGAAAGGAGAAAAGAAGAACAGAGGAUGGACCCACUGGAUCGAAGGAGACAAACUGUACCUGGAAAUGUUCUGCGAAGGCCAAGUGUGCAAACAGACGUUCCAGAGAGCCUGAGCCGUACCCAACGGCAGAAUCCAGUAGACUGCAGCUUAAUGCCAAAUUACGUUCCAGAAUGAACAGAAGUUACCCUGUCCUGGCUUGAUGAUGGGACCUUGUGGUUGGAGAGGUGUCACACAGUCCGUAUCAGCAGUCAUCCAGAUGGUGGGAAAACUUCUCAGUUUCAAUAAACCUUCCAAAUG